AGAGGAGGAGGCAUCAGGGAACAUCCUCUGGUCUGAACACAGUUUAGUCAACUUUAGUUAAGAAACUCAUUUUAGUGUGUUUGUUCUCAAAGAUGCUGUGGAUUCUGUUCUUCAUCUGUCUGAGUGUUUCACCCACAGAAAACUGCAACACACCAAACAUACAGCUGACGGACAAGAGAGCAAACCAGUCUACAACCUAUACAGGCAUUGAUGAAAUACAUUAUACUGCUGACAGAGCCUUGGAUGGGAAUCAAUCAACUUGUUCUCACACCAACCAGCAGAUUGACCCCUGGUGGUCUGUAGACCUGCAGGGUGUUUACAACAUUUCCUGUAUCUCUAUCUACAACGUUCAUCAGGAAAAUAAGGUGACUGACAUAUCAGGUGCCAAGAUCUACAUCGGGAACUCUCGUCAGAACAACGGCACCAACAACAAGCUGGUUCAAAACAUCACAGCUUUCCUAGCAAACCAGAUCAAUGUCUAUGAGUUUCCUUCAUCAGUGUCGGGGCGAUACGUCACUGUGAUCAGACCAGAAAAUACAUUUAUGGUUCUCUGUGACGUGAAAAUCACUGGAACAAAAAUGGCUUCACCUUUUCUACUGAUUGACCAAAACAAGACCUGGGAAGAAGCUCUGAACUACUGCAGAGAUAACCACGGAGAUCUGGCCUCCAUCUUGGAUGAACAGAUGCAGACCUUUGCUGAGCUGGAGGCUGAGAAAGCCAACAGUCCCUUCGUGUGGAUCGGACUUCACUACGCCUCCUCCCUCCAAUACUGGUUCUGGGUUGAUGACAGUGAAGUAGAGUUUAAACGCUGGAGAUAUGGCGAAGCAGGAGAAAACUGUGACACAAGUGGAGCCAUGGAGAAAGAAGGAGACCAUUUGUGGUUCAGCAAGUCUGAUAAUAAUAAGUUUAAUUUUAUCUGUGCUGUAAACUAAGAGCUGUAACAUCUGAGUUCUGGUAACUUUACUUUCAGUGAAUCAAAAGGUGAAAGCAAGUGUUGGUUUGCUCAUAGAAACACUUUUAGAAACAUUUAGAGUGUUUCUUUUUCUCUGUUGUUGUGUAUUGUGUCUUUCUAUCUUCACAAGGACUUUGCAUUGACUUUCAUUCAUUUUUCAUUCAUUUUGUAGCCUAAUCAUUUCCAGUACAUGCCAAACCCAACACCUAACCUCAACAACGUGCUGUUGACAGAAAGUGAACUUGCCACCAGUAAAAUCAGACCUCUACUGGUUGUUCCUUUAUGUAACAAAAUAAAAAGACAAUAAUCAAAUUA